CUCCCCGAGCAAAGUAACUCCGGACUAACCCGAGCAGCCUUCGCCGAGCAUGGAGAGCUGCCGCGGCGACCGGCCGGCCCCGCCGGCCCCGCUCGCGCCCCGGAGGUAGUUUGACCCGCGCCCCGAAGGCAGAAGUGCCCGGCGGGCUGCGGUGGCCCCUCGGUCCGGCCCCGGCCCCGCUCCGGGAGCACCUGGCCGGUGGAUCGGGCGGCGGACGCCCCGCUCGCUCGCUCGCUCUUUGCAGAGCUGCUUGAAACUUCUCCCAAAGUCGACAUGGAUACGACGGCGGCGGCGGCGGCGCUGGCUGCUUUUGUGGCGCUCUGGCUCCUGUCCCCCUGGCCUCUCCUGGGGUCGGCCCAAGGCCAGUUCUCUGCAGGUGGCUGUACUUUUGAUGAUGGCCCAGGGGCCUGUGAUUAUCACCAGGAUCUGUAUGAUGACUUUGAAUGGGUACAUGUGAGUGCUCAAGAACCCCAUUAUCUGCCACCUGAGAUGCCACAAGGUUCCUAUAUGAUAGUGGACUCUUCGGAUCACGACCCUGGAGAAAAAGCAAGACUUCAAUUACCAACAAUGAAGGAGAAUGACACUCACUGUAUUGAUUUCAGUUACUUAUUAUAUAGCCAGAAAGGGCUGAGUCCUGGCACUUUGAACAUACUAGUCAGAGUGAAUAAAGGACCUCUUGCCAAUCCAAUUUGGAAUGUGUCUGGAUUCACCGGUAGAGAUUGGCUUCGGGCUGAACUAGCAGUCAGCACCUUCUGGCCCAACGAAUAUCAGGUAAUAUUUGAAGCUGAAGUCUCAGGAGAGAGAAGUGGUUAUAUUGCCAUUGAUGAUAUACAAGUGCUGAGUUAUCCUUGUGAUAAAUCUCCUCAUUUCCUUCGUUUGGGGGACGUAGAGGUGAAUGCAGGGCAGAAUGCUACAUUUCAGUGUAUUGCUACAGGCAGGGAUGCUGUGCACAACAAGUUAUGGCUACAGAGACGAAAUGGAGAAGAUAUACCAGUAGCUCAGACCAAGAAUAUCAAUCACAGAAGAUUUGCAGCUACCUUCAGAUUGCAAGAAGUGACAAAAGCUGACCAGGAUUUGUAUCGUUGUGUUACUCAGUCAGAAAGAGGUUCAGGUGUAUCUAAUUUUGCUCAGCUUAUUGUGAGAGAACCACCAAGACCCAUUGCUCCUCCCCAGCUUCUCGGUGUUGGGCCUACAUAUUUACUGAUUCAGUUAAAUGCCAACUCCAUCAUUGGUGAUGGUCCCAUUAUCCUCAAAGAAGUGGAGUACCGAAUGACAUCAGGAUCCUGGACAGAAACGCAUGCAGUCAAUGCUCCAACCUAUAAAUUAUGGCAUCUGGACCCAGAUACUGAAUAUGAGAUUCGUGUUCUACUUACAAGACCUGGUGAAGGUGGAACAGGACUCCCCGGACCUCCGCUCAUCACCAGAACGAAAUGUGCAGAACCUAUGCGAACCCCCAAGACUUUAAAGAUUGCUGAAAUACAAGCCAGGCGCAUUGCUGUGGACUGGGAAUCUUUGGGUUACAACAUCACUCGUUGCCACACUUUUAAUGUUACUAUCUGCUACCAUUACUUCCGUGGUCACAAUGAAAGCAAGGCAGACUGUCUCGACAUGGACCCCAAAGCCCCACAGCAUGUUGUGAACCAUCUGCCACCUUAUACGAAUGUCAGCCUUAAGAUGAUCCUGACUAAUCCAGAGGGCAGAAAAGAGAGUGAAGAGACGAUUAUUCAAACUGAUGAAGAUGUGCCUGGACCUGUACCAGUCAAUUCUCUUCAAGGAACAUCCUUUGAAAAUAAAAUUUUCUUGAAUUGGAAAGAACCAUUGGAGCCAAAUGGAAUUAUUACACAAUAUGAGGUCAGCUACAGCAGUAUAAGAUCAUUUGAUCCUGCAGUUCCAGUGGCUGGACCACCACAAACUGUAUCAAACUUAUGGAACAGUACACAUCAUGUCUUUAUGCAUCUCCAUCCUGGAACCACCUACCAGUUUUUUAUCAGAGCCAGCACCGUCAAAGGCUUCGGGCCAGCCACAGCCAUAAAUGUGACCACUAAUAUCUCAGCUCCAACUUUACCUGACUAUGAAGGAGUUGAUGCCUCUCUCAAUGAAACUGCAACCACAAUAACUGUAUUAUUAAGACCAGCACAGGCCAAAGGUGCCCCUAUCAGUGCCUAUCAAAUUGUGGUGGAGGAGCUUCACCCACACCGAACCAAGAGAGAAGCCGGAGCCAUGGAAUGCUAUCAGGUUCCUGUCACCUACCAAAACGCCCUGAGCGGGGCCUCUCCCUACUACUUCGCUGCAGAACUGCCUCCAGGGAAUCUUCCUGAACCUGCUCCAUUCACUGUGGGUGAUAAUAGGACUUAUCAGGGCUUUUGGAACCCCCCUUUGGCUCCACGCAAAGGCUAUAACAUCUAUUUCCAAGCCAUGAGCAGUGUGGAAAAGGAAACUAAAACCCAAUGUGUACGAAUUGCUACAAAAGCAGCAGCAACAGAAGAACCAGAAGUAAUUCCAGAUCCAGCCAAGCAGACAGACAGAGUGGUGAAAAUAGCAGGAAUUAGUGCUGGGAUUUUGGUGUUCAUCCUCCUCCUUCUAGUUGUUGUAUUAAUUGUGAAAAAAAGAUAUAUAUGUUGGAGAAGACACACCUGCAUUAGAAACAUUAGGAGGAGCUACUAUUCUUACUCCUACUACCUCAAGCUUGCUAAAAAACGCAAAGAUGCUAUGGGAAAUACCCGGCAGGAGAUGACUCAUAUGGUGAAUGCUAUGGAUCGAAGUUAUGCUGAUCAGAGCACACUACAUGCAGAAGAUCCUCUUUCCAUCACCUUCAUGGACCAACACAAUUUUAGCCCAAGAUUGCCCAAUGAUCCACUUGUGCCGACGGCUGUGUUAGAUGAGAACCACAGUGCUACAGCUGAAUCCAGUCGCCUACUCGAUGUGCCUCGCUACCUCUGUGAGGGUACAGAAUCCCCUUACCAGACGGGACAGUUGCACCCUGCCAUCAGGGUAGCUGACUUGCUACAGCACAUUAAUCUCAUGAAGACGUCAGACAGCUAUGGGUUCAAAGAGGAAUAUGAGAGCUUCUUUGAAGGACAGUCAGCAUCUUGGGAUGUAGCUAAAAAAGAUCAAAAUAGAGCAAAAAACCGAUAUGGAAACAUUAUAGCAUACGAUCACUCCAGAGUAAUUUUGCAACCUGUUGAGGAUGACCCUUCAUCAGAUUACAUUAAUGCCAAUUACAUAGAUAUUUGGCUGUACAGGGAUGGCUACCAGAGACCAAGCCACUAUAUUGCUACUCAAGGUCCAGUUCAUGAAACUGUGUAUGAUUUCUGGAGAAUGGUCUGGCAAGAACAGUCUGCCUGCAUUGUGAUGGUGACAAAUUUAGUUGAGGUUGGCCGGGUUAAAUGCUAUAAGUAUUGGCCUGAUGAUACUGAAGUUUAUGGUGACUUCAAAGUAACAUGUGUUGAAAUGGAACCACUUGCCGAAUAUGUAGUUAGAACAUUCACCCUGGAAAGGAGGGGAUAUAAUGAGAUCCGUGAAGUUAAGCAGUUCCAUUUCACUGGCUGGCCUGACCACGGAGUACCAUACCAUGCUACAGGGCUUCUUUCUUUUAUCCGGCGCGUCAAGUUCUCCAACCCGCCCAGUGCUGGCCCCAUUGUUGUGCACUGCAGUGCUGGUGCUGGACGGACUGGUUGUUACAUUGUGAUUGAUAUCAUGCUGGACAUGGCUGAAAGAGAGGGUGUUGUUGACAUCUACAACUGCGUCAAAGCCUUAAGAUCUCGGCGUAUCAAUAUGGUUCAGACAGAGGAGCAGUACAUUUUUAUUCAUGAUGCCAUUUUAGAAGCCUGCUUAUGUGGAGAAACUGCCAUACCUGUCUGUGAAUUUAAAGCUGCGUAUUUUGAUAUGAUUAGAAUAGAUUCUCAGACUAACUCUUCACAUCUCAAAGAUGAAUUCCAGACCUUGAAUUCAGUCACCCCUCGACUACAAGCUGAAGACUGCAGUAUAGCAUGCCUGCCAAGGAACCAUGACAAGAACCGUUUCAUGGACAUGCUGCCACCUGACAGAUGUCUGCCUUUUUUAAUUACAAUUGAUGGGGAGAGCAGUAACUACAUCAAUGCUGCUCUUAUGGAUAGCUACAGACAACCAGCUGCUUUCAUCGUCACACAAUACCCUUUGCCAAACACUGUGAAAGACUUUUGGAGACUUGUGUAUGAUUAUGGCUGUACCUCCAUUGUGAUGUUAAAUGAAGUCGACUUGUCCCAGGGUUGUCCUCAAUACUGGCCGGAAGAAGGAAUGCUACGAUAUGGCCCUAUCCAAGUAGAGUGUAUGUCUUGUUCAAUGGAUUGUGAUGUCAUCAACCGAAUUUUUAGGAUAUGCAAUCUAACAAGACCACAGGAAGGUUAUCUGAUGGUGCAACAGUUCCAGUAUCUCGGGUGGGCUUCUCAUCGUGAAGUUCCUGGCUCCAAGCGGUCAUUUUUGAAAUUGAUACUUCAGGUGGAAAAAUGGCAGGAAGAGUGUGAGGAAGGGGAAGGCCGGACAAUCAUCCACUGCCUAAACGGUGGCGGGCGAAGUGGCAUGUUCUGUGCUAUAGGCAUUGUGGUUGAAAUGGUGAAACGGCAAAAUGUUGUUGAUGUUUUCCAUGCAGUGAAGACCCUAAGAAACAGCAAGCCCAAUAUGGUGGAAGCCCCGGAGCAGUACCGUUUCUGCUAUGAUGUCGCUUUGGAGUACCUGGAGUCUUCUUAGUUGCAUGACACUUAACCAUGUGUCCAGACAGAACCUGACCAUCAGUUGAGCCAGCAGCUGUUGUUUGUGUCACACCUGUGCAAGAAGAUUUUAUUGUGGGGGGUGGGAGACUUUUACAUUUGAGAAGUAAAAGUAUUUUUCUUAUAAAGUUGUGUAUCUUAAUAAAAAGGCCUCAAUUAGUUUCUAUUAUUGUAUGAAAGCAUCAGCAUUUCGUGCCACAUAAAUUAUAUUUAAUAAGAACCAGAUUCAAAUGAAAACUUAUCAGUGUUUGUACAGUGAAUAUGCAGCCUUUCUCUCUUGAUUUUGGUAGCACAGCCUCCACGUGUUGCAUGAAUUAAUCCUUUCUAUAUGGCAUUUUUCUCGCUUUUUAAGAUUAAAGAAGGUAAAUCUUUAAGGAUGAAAAAAGGAAAACUGUGCAAAUUCAGAGUAAAUUUCCAUUUUUAUAUGUUUCGAAUAUAGAAGAUCUCUAUAUAAAUAUAUAAAUGUAUAUGACUGGCUUAUUUUCUUUUAAUGUGCAAUUAUGGCUGAUCAUUUAAAAUUCUUUUUAAGGAAAAAAAACACAUAAGCCAAAGACUCCUCAAGUGUAAAUAUGUCUAUAUGGAGAAAGCACAUUAUAUUUAUUGGUUACUGACAUUCCUUUUUUGAUGGCUUAAAAUACUACCACCACACGCAAUCUUUUUUUUUUCUGAAGGAAGCUUUUUCUUUCCCAAAAAUCAAUUGUAAACAAUUUUUGUAGAUUAUUUUUUGUAUGUUUUAGUGUAAGUAGAGGAUAAGCUUUUUAUCAUAAACCAGGAAGCAAUGUUCUUUAUAGUGAUUAUCUUGUGUACAUGCUUGUGAAUUAAACUAUGUGAAAUACCCUGACAACUGGGUCUUUUAAUAUAGGACCAAAUUUAAAAAUUUUGCUAAAAAGGAUUGAUUUUUCACAAUUUUAUUGGGUUAGUAAAUAACGGUUUAGUGAUCACAUUGAGAAAUGCACACAUUCAUAGAUCCUGCUGAUGACUUGCACAGUAUUGAAUUAAAUUUUUUUAAUUCGUUCCUUUUUUUUUUUUUCAGUUUAUGACCAAACCCUGGUCAAAAAAAGCAACAUUUGUGCUUUUAGGGUCAAGUUUUAGCAAAUUGUAAACUGUCAAAGUGAUAAAAUGUGCUGUUGAGAUUUGGAGAUUUUUUUUUUAAAUGUUUACAUGCACAUGCUUUAGGCACUGACCAUAAAAAGUAUGAGCAAAUCAAUCCCAGAUUACUGUUUUGUGCAUUGUCACAGGUUUCCUGAGUGAACCUUCCUAAACGUGGUCUUGUUCACAUGCUCAACGUAGCUGUAAUUUUCAAUCAUCAGCUCACAGUUUGUUAUCGACUAAAGCAUUCCAGUAUCCUCUUUCUAGAUUGCCAGUACAUCACAUGGUGCUUAUAAAGAUUUAAUUAAAGUAAGAGUGAAAUAAAGUUUUUAUAAUUACAA